AUGGCCCUCGUUGUCUUCCAGCCUUCCAAAACUACACAUGGAGAAGAUGCAAAUAGUAAACUGGAAUUCCAUAAGAAACGGAUUUUGAAGAAUAAGCGAGAGCACCAUGACAUAAUAGUUCCUUAUCUUCUGAAUGGUAAACAGUGGAAACCAAUGAAGAUUUUUUAUUCACAGCCUUACCCAGCAACGCUGAAAUUUCUAAUACAAACUGAAAGCCAGCAACUUGUCAUCAGUCUGGAGAGAAAUGAUGGCCUUUUUGCUGGUAACUUCACAGAAACACACUAUUUGGAAGAUGGUACCAGUGCUGUUCUCAUGCGUAAUUACACGGAUCACUGCUACUACCAUGGUCACGUGCAAGGUUAUGCUGAGUCUGCAGUCAGUCUGAGUACAUGUUCUGGACUCAGGGGAUAUAUUUUAUUUGAUGAUAAAACCUAUAUAUUGGAGCCAUUGGAAGGUGCUAUAAGUGAACACAUAAUAUACCAAGCAGAGAACCUAAAACUAGCACUGGGUUCUUGUGGUCAUCAUCUCAACAUCUCAGGUAUCACAUGGGAAGAUGCUGCACAGUCUAAUCAGAUGUUUUUUAGCAGGCACAAGCGGGAAGCUCUGAAAUCCACCAAGUAUGUGGAACUUCUUAUUGUGGCUGAUAACCGAGAGUUUCAGAGACAGGGCAAGGAUGUGGAAAAAGUGAAGCAGAGGCUGAUAGAAAUUGCAAACUACGUUGAUAAGUUCUAUAGGCCACUAAAUAUUCGAAUAGCUCUGGUUGGAGUGGAAAUCUGGAAUGACAUGGAUAAGUGCACAAUAACCCAAGACCCAUUCACCAGCCUACAUGAGUUCCUGGACUGGCGAAAGCUGAAGCUACUACCUCGUAAACCACACGACAAUGCACAGCUAGUGAGUGGAGUAUACUUCCAAGGUACUACCAUUGGUAUGGCACCCAUAAUGAGCAUGUGUACUGCUGAGCAGUCUGGGGGUAUUGUUAUGGAUCAUUCAGACACCCCUUUGGGAGCAGCAGUAACUCUGGCUCAUGAGCUGGGCCACAAUUUUGGAAUGAACCAUGAUACACUGGAAAGGGGCUGCAACUGUAAGGCAUCUACUGAUAAAGGAGGCUGCAUCAUGAACCCCUCGACUGGCUACCCAUUUCCCAUGGUGUUUAGCAGCUGCAGCAAGAAAGACCUGGAAAACAGUUUGGAAAAAGGAGUGGGGAUGUGUCUCUUCAACCUGCCAGAAGUUAAGGAAUCAUUUGGUGGUCCAAAGUGUGGGAAUGGCUACGUAGAAGAAGGAGAGGAAUGUGACUGUGGGGAACCUGAGGAAUGCACAAACCAUUGCUGCAAUGCUACCACCUGCACUUUAAGGCCAGAGGCAGUGUGUGCCCAUGGGCUUUGCUGUGAAGACUGCAAGCUGAAGCCAGCAGGGAUCCUCUGCAGGCACUCCAGUAAUUCCUGCGACCUUCCUGAGUUCUGCACUGGAGGCAGCCCCCACUGCCCAGCUAAUGUGUAUUUACAUGAUGGGCACCCCUGCUACAAGGUGGAUGGCUACUGUUACAAUGGCAUGUGCCAGACCCAUGAACAGCAAUGCAUCACGCUCUGGGGGCAAGGUGCUAAGCCUGCCCCUGGGAUAUGCUUUGAAAGAGUCAAUUCCGCAGGGGAUCCUUAUGGAAACUGCGGCAAGGAUUCCAAAAGUUCUUUUGCCAAGUGUGAAGCGAGAGACGCGAAAUGUGGAAAAAUUCAGUGUCAAGGGGGAGCAAAUCGACCUGUAAUUGGUACCAAUGCUGUCUCCAUAGAAACAAACAUCCCAUUACAAGGAGGAGGUAAAAUUCUGUGCCGCGGAACCCACGUCUACCUGGGAGAUGAUAUGCCUGACCCUGGUCUUGUCCUGGCUGGAACAAAGUGUGGGGAUGGAAAAAUUUGCCUCAACCGUCGCUGCCAAAAUACCAGCGUGUUUGGUGUUCAUGAAUGUGCAACAAAAUGUCACGGACGUGGAGUCUGCAACAAUAAAAAAAAUUGCCACUGUGAAGCCCACUGGGCUCCUCCCUUUUGUGACAAGGCUGGAUUUGGUGGCAGCCUAGACAGCGGACCCGUCAGACAAUCUG